UGGAAUGGCCUACCCCACCUAAGAGCGCUUAUGUCAUAGGGGAACUCAUGGCUGGAAACAAUCCUUAUGGUUUGUUUUGAUAUCCGGUAGGAAUAUAAAAAAAAAAGUCCAGGUUGGUUGGUGAGCCUAGUGAUAGGAGACUAUCUAGCUUGGUUCGGAGAGCACUUGUUGGGUUAAAUAUUUAUUUGUUGCUAAAUGUUACGGCCUAAAUGCUGAACUAUUGACCCUACUUGUUCGGAUGGGUGUUCACCCCAAAGUGUUCCCGGACCGCAUGCAUACAUCCGUAAGUAACUUAGUGCAACAUGGAAAAUUUCAUUGAGAGGAAUCAGCAAAGAAAAGAAAAACGGGUCAACAACAUCAACAUGUGUAUUUGAGAGAUUGUCCUCGGGCUGAGGAGUGUCCACAUGAGUUCGUUGAGGUGUUUACACAGGCCUGUGGUCCUCUUUUAUAUUCUGUCGAGAGUUCGGAUUGCUCCACCUAAGUAGAACGAAAAGAAGGAAUUGGAAAAGAAAAGGGGGAGCUAUUGUGAAGCCUAGAAAGGCGGAAGCGGAAAAUCGCUUAUACCGAGUUCCCCAACAGCAGCUUAGCUUAGUAGCAACACUCUUUCUACUGGCGUGGCGCUGCUGGAUGCUUCUGAUCAAUAGAAGACGAAGAGGAGGAAAAAAAAAGCUUAUGAUGAGCAUCUAUUUGAGUCGAUCAUUUCCAAGAUCUAAUUCCAGUUUUUUCUUAUGUAGUGGAAACGCCUUACAAUCUGAAGUUUUACGCUUAAGGGAAGAAAUGUUCUUGGUGGAUGCAGGACUUGGGACCCCCAGAAUUUGUAUGCAAGAUGAGCCUACAGGAGUGCCAAUCAACCGAGCCACCAGGUUUGAGAAUAAGGUGGGAUUCCUGGAUCUAGUGGCCGGUGAAUCACUGAUCAAAGAGCAGAUUUUAGAGAGAUUCUUCAUCGAUCUAGUGGCCGGUGAAUCACUGAUCAAAGAGCGAGCAGCCGCCAGGUUUAAUGAUUUGGUGGGAUCUACAGAUGUAGUGGCUGGUGAACCGCUUCUUCUUCUUCCACGAAGAUUCAGACAAAACCGAGCUUGGAUGGAACUGAACAAGAUUUGGCGAACGAAUACAAAGGUCAAAGGCUUUAUUAUUGAGAAAGUAAAAGGAGGUUAUUCAGUAGCCAUCGCAGGUUUCAUUACUUUUCUUCCAUUCCGUCGCAGAAGGAAAAGGAUAUCGAAUGAUCGAUUCACCAUUGAGAACAUUAACCCCAAAAAGACGAAUAUUGUGGUGUUCUAACAGCGGCAGAUCAAAGAAGAACUUGAUGAGCGAAAUCCGCUGACAAAAAAAAAGAGAACUUUUUGAAUUCCGAUGCCUAGCGUCCCCUGAUAACCUAGGAUUAGUGGUGAUAGGGCUGAUGUGGUAUCUCGGAAACUGGGAUUUGAUGGUAUCUGUAGAGCGGAUCCCAUGGGCUUCUCGGGUGGAGGUUGGUUGAAGAUGAUGUGAUGCAAGUGAACGUCUACGAAAAAGCUGUCGUAAAGUUUCGUUCUUCGUUCCGUCGUCGAUCAAUCUAUCACUCAAUCACAGGCCGCUCUGUCAUUGUCUGAUUUUUGGUUGUCUGAUCACACUCGAAAUUAUGUAUCUACUUAUCGUAUUUUUACCCCUGCUCGGUAGUUUUGUAGCAGGUUGUUUCGGACGUUUUCUAGGAAAAGAAGGAACCGCUAUAAUAACCACUACGUGCGUUUCAUUCUCUUCGAUCUUCUCUUUGAUUGCUUUUUAUGAAGUCGCACCGGGAGCUAGUGCUUGCUAUCUAAGAAUUGCUCCA